AUGGGUAACCCCAGUGAAAAUGAGGUUAAAAUGGCCACUCUAAAGGGCGAAGAGUACAUUGAGGAGGUUACCCUUGCUCGCUUAACUGAAGAGGACCUGUGGAAACUGUCUGAGGAUUCACUUAGCGUCUGGUCAUGGACAGGGUUCCGACUAGGCUUGAUUAUGUUUGUGCAUGGCUGUAAUCAAUUGACUGGGGGGGUUAUUGGAGGUAUCAAUUCGCUCGAGGCAUGGCACACCUAUCUUGGAUUUGGCACCAGUGGUAGUGCCUAUGGUCUCAUCAACGCCCUUAUGAGUAUUGGAACAGUCUGUGGUGCCCCCUUUAUGGGACUUGCAGACGUUAUCGGUCGACGAGGAAUCAAUUUUGCUGGAAAUGCAAUCGUCAUAUUCGCUGCCAUAAUUCAGGGUUGCGCUAUCAACCUACCCAUGUUUAUGGCUGGCCGUUUCUUUAUGGGAUUUGGAACAGCGCUCAUGUCCAGCUCUCAGUACAUUGGUGAAAUUUCGCCUAUCCAUCUUCGAGGCCGCAUGGUGGGUUUCUUCGGCGCUUGCUUCCAAGUCGGCAGUCUGGCCAUGCUUGGAGCAAUGGUCGGACUUUCAAACCUACCGGGAAACAAAUCAUGGCGUAUCCCAUUGAUUCUCGAGGCUAUCUUCCCCGCUAUUGUUUGCUUGACAAUCUACGUCUUGACCCCGGAAUCACCUCGCUAUUAUGUCAUGAGAGGCAAUCGACAAAAGGCUAAAGAAGUUAUCGCAAAAUACCACACUACUAGCACCAGUAUCAAUGAGCCAAUUGUUGACAUUGUCGUGACUCAGAUAGAGGAAUCACUGGAAAAUGAUCAAAAUAGUUACAGGUCAUUUUGGGACUAUCGUGUGUUUUUCACAAAGAUUGCCCGAUACAGACUGCUGGUCUUGGUGCUGUAUUCAAUUUUCCAGCAGUGGAAUGGAGGAAGCAUCAUAACUUACUACAUGGUCCCCGCGCUAGAAACAGUUGGCAUCGAUGGCACAAAACAGCAAUUGGGCAUCAGCAUUGGAACCACUGCAGUAUAUUUUGUGUUCACAGCCGUUGGAUCGAUUCUUGUUGACAAGUUCCGUCGCCGAACCUUGAUCUUCUCGGGACUGAUCAGCAUGGUUAUUUUCCAGACGGCAACGACCAUUACAUCUUGGCAAUACAGUCUCAAUGCCACCCAUGCAGCAGCGGCUCUCACACUUCUCUGGAUCUUUCUUUACCAGACUUUCUCAGCAACGCUUAUUGCUACAAUGCAUAAUCUUUACCCUGUGGAAAUUCUGUCUUUACCACUCCGUGCCAAAGGAAUGGGUUUGUACAGCUUGAUACAAGGUGGAGCCAGUGCCGCCCAGACAUAUGGUAUCAGUGUCGGUAUCGAGAAAAUUGGAUACAAGAUCUGGGUUGUUUACAUUAUCUACAAUACUGUCCAACUCAUUCUUUCAUACUUCGUCUUCCCAGAAACCGGGGGGUUAAGUUUGGAAGAGAUUGAUGCUGUGUUUGAGACACCCGGCGUUCGUCCGGUCAAGAUGUCCCUGGAUAUUCAGAAGGCCAAGAAAGAGCGCGUCGCUGCUGCGCGUGAUGAGGAGACAAGAUCUGGGUUUUGA